CCGCGACCGGCACCACGCAAAAUAAAGAUCCAAUAAAACAAGAUGCUGAUCGCGUUAGAGCCGCCUCCGGUGAACAAGAACCGCGCUAUUCGAAUCCGAAUUCUCAACGGCCAUGGAAUUCUCGGCGACCACAGUUCCCGGAGUAAGCUCGACCUGGAAGUGCAUGUUUCGAUCAAUGAGAAGAAAAAGUUUUCCACCGAACUUCGCCGGGUCAGGAGAACCACAACUGCUACACCAGGAGGUGGUGCGUCAUCUUCAUCAUCUUCGUGCUCUUCACGACCUGCCCCAGUCGAUGUGGAAUGGGCCACAAAUUUGUUCGAAAUGGAGUACACGACGGAGGAGCCGCUCGAAGUAAAAUUCGAACUGCUCGGCCGCAAUGUGUUCCGCUCGAACUGUUUGCUCGGCACGGGGACCGUGUUCUGCAUGCCAUUAGCGGAGGAGAACCAGCCGCGGGCGAGGAAGGAGGAGACGCUGAGGUUGCAGGUGCCGGAAGUAGGACAGCAUUAUGCGAGGAAACAGAAGGUACUGAUUAGAGUGCUUGGCGUGGAAUUCCUUUCCUUUCAUUUUUUUGAACAGCCAAAUCACGGGCCCUGGCGGUAGAGUCAGACUUGAACUUGAUACGACCUCAAUACCCGGUUUACUGAAAGACAAUAAAUGAAAAACAAACCGCUCACAGCCACCACCUGCUUCCAAACCCGCUCCUGGCUACCUGAAAAUCAUCAUCGAAUAUGGACUGGACAUCGUGACCGCCGCUCGGCGCAAGGAGCGCUUUUGGGAAGAGAUCAAGGAGCGCUUCAGUGACGAGGGGAAGUUUUACCACCACAACUGGUUCAACAUCCAGAAACGGGGUCUGGAUUCCCAACUCGGUUUUUCCCGGCCCGGUAUGUGUUUGCAGGACCAGGAGGCGGAAGAUUUUUUGGAGGAGCACGAACGAGAGGACGCAGAAUCUGCAACCGCUGCCGGAAUGGUGUUGACAGGAACGUCGGCGGCCUCCUCUUCAUCCUCCUCCUCGUCAAGCGUGUCACGAGCCCCAGGUGCAACGACAACUCUUCACACGACUUCGAGAAGACGGAGACAGUGGCCCCACGGGCUGCGGGUCCGGCACAAGACCGAGGGGCCGGGGACAGUGGUGGUGGCGGAAUACGAUGAUGAUGAUGACUGCCAAGCUGAUGGAAUGCAAGAGGAUCAGUUCGUUUUUGUCACUUUCGAUAACAGCCCGGCUUGUCGGUCUCGCCGCAAGCGGUUCGACGCCCAUGGAGUUCCGGUUGCAGAGCUCACGAAGCAGCAGCGGAGCAGGGUAGAUAUUGGCACAACACAUGACCACGAGUUGUCAUUCGACGAAGGGGGAGCAGGAGGAGUGCGUAAUGAGUCAAACCCGAUCCCCAGCGCUUCCACAAGAACGCUCUCUCACCAUCCCACGUCCAACAUCAUCACCGUUGGCAGUUUUGUCCGCGUGAAGCCAAACGUCGUGCCCUGCCGGGGGUGGGGAAAGGUGACGAAAAACUGCGUCGGCCGCGUAAUGCGACUGCAGGGGUUGCGGGCGAUCUGCGCGUUUCCCAGCCAGAAGAGCUGGACGACCACGAUUGACGAGCUGGAGGUGGUGGCGGCACGGAAAAUAAAGUUGUUGCGCGCGGAGGGCCCGUUCCAGCGCGGCGAGGAGGUGUUUGUGGUGCGGGAAGAUUACGACGAAGUGGCGGAUAAUUCAUUCUCCCAGGGGUUGCUGCCAUGUGGAGGACGAGGAGGUGCUUCUUCUUCCUCUUCAGCAUCUUCUUCUGCGGGACAAGCACGGGAGCCGGGGAUUGACUUGCAGAGCGGCGAACAGAUUCUGGAGCGAGAGGCAUCUUCUUUUUCGGCCGCAAACGACGUUGACAGCAAUACCGGACCUGGUAGUUCAGGGUCGACAGCGCAUGGUCGAAAUCAUCGGCGAGAUAGAGAAGCUUCUAGGUCGUCCCGUGCGUCGUCUGAAAGCGUGUCUCCGUCUCAACCGCGACGCACGGACGCCGUUCGUCAACGUUCCAGUCGGGCGUCGAGAUCGUCCGUUGCUAGUCCCAAUGCAAGGCCACGGCGGAACUCGACCCAGCGCCCGGAAGAGCGGCCUUUCGCUCCGCCAUCGCGAACUAGAGGCGUGAAUCACGAAGGGACUGAGUUAUCCGGCGCGCCCGCGUCUGUUCUUGCGCAGCAAGAUGCACCCACGAACACUGGCGUUCGUGGGAGCCUCCGGAACCGCAUCCGUAAGGCGUUGAAGCGAAAGUUCCGGCGGGCAAACUGCAUGCGGUCUCGGGGCGACGAAAGCCCGGCGAUGCAAGAGUAUCUUUAUCCGUUGUCUUCGUCAAAUGAUGUGGCGGCCGUACGAGAGGACGUCGCGGCCGGGCGGCAGAGUGCUGCGGGAAAUCAGAAUCAAAACUCUGAGCAGGAAACGGACGGUCAGACCCGUGCUAAUGCAGGAGCGUCUAGCAGCUCAACCGGAGCUGGAUCCUCGCGUUGCCCGAGAAUCUCAGCGAAAAGGAAAACAACCUCGAAAAGGUUGAACCUGCAGUGCAUGAACUCGAAUGGCGUUGCGUGGUGGAUCUACGCGGACCUGGAAAACGAGAUAUUCGUUUACAAAGCGACCAGCGAGACGUCAGUCUUUGGUGACACCUCUUCGGAGAACGAGGAUGAAGACACUACUGCUGCUGCGUUCGGACCCCGGGAAACUGUGGGAGGAUCGUCAAGCUCGACAAGUAGGAGCCAGGUCGCUCACGAGUCAGAAUGUGCAAGAGCAGCUGCUGCUGCUGCUUCCAAAAAUCCUGCUACCACAGCUGAUCAGAAAGCACUUCUGCAGUUUCUCUUAAAUGGCGAUGUGGAAAAGUGGCUGGAUGCAAUUUCUUCACAUCAAACUCGAGUAAGUGUUUCCAAGAAUCCCAGCGUCGACGUGCGAAAUAAUGCGGAUGAUUGUGUACGCCCCCGUGCCGCGGGCAAAAAUCUGCUUUCUCUCCACAGUGCAGUCAAGGGACUCAUGGCAACGUUUGCCAUACCACAGAGCCAGCGCCGGUUCCUCCGGAAAUACUUGCAGAAAAACUGGCCGUUCCCGUUGGACAUAGACGAAGUCCUGCAGUACGGCGUCUGUGCGGUCGGUGAGAAAGCUCUGGUGCAGGACCCAGAGACGAAAAGGGUGCAUUUGGUCACCGUCCUCGGCCGGAUCGUCAAUGCGGCAGGGGCAGAAGGAGGAGGAACGACCGCUGGCGGGACGAGUUUUAGCGCACAGCCGGAUGAAUCGUCUAAGGGUGGCGCAAGCGUUUCGGCGUCUACUUCAGCUUCAGCCAGCUCUAGUUCUUUGUCCUGUAGUCGACGACAUCCGCCGGAAGAGAAUGAAACACAAAGAGAAAAAGGUUUCUCGUCUUCGCCAAACAUUCAAUACGCAGUCGAAGUCACUUACUCCGGAGAUUGCGGCCGUGAUGAUGAGGUUUCUUCCAGCUCGAGCUCAGCUCAUGUAUUCCCCUCUUGGUUUCUUGGUGACGUCAAAUUACUCAAUCGCACCGACCUGCACCUCCUCCUCAGCCCGCUCGAUACGGCGAUGCUGGACAAGUUCAACAAUGAUCUGCUGCUCAGAAAUAAAUCUCCGUCGAAAACGAAAUCUAAGUUGCGGGCCGCCCUCACUAUCCGCGAGGACGACCACGACAUUUUGGUGCUCGGCGCCGGCGGCAAGGGCGAACGCUGCAACGGGAACUACGGGCGGAAGCCGGUGCGGUUUUUUCGGGGCCGGCCGGUGUACAAGAACGAGAAGGGGGCGAUUCUGUACUGGGCGGGCUUUUGGAAAAUGAACUACUUCGACGACACCGGGAGCUGGUACUUCGCCGUGCCUGGGUCGAAGCACGCCGCCGAGCCGCCGGAGGGAGAUUGCUGGACCAAUUACGGGUACACGGGCGGGAAGGCGAAGCCGUUUCCGGUGUUGUACCGGAACGGGAGAACGGAUUCGCUGGUUGCGGCGCUGUUCCAGCAAUCUGCUGUUGGUCUUCCAGGAGGAGUAGAGGGGGAAUUAUCGUCAGGGGGCCAUGUUGAUGAGGGCGCAGAUGAUCUUUCAUCUGUUGAAGAGCCAGGUGCGGGUGACGUGUUACCUCGAGCGGCAGCUUCCGGGUGUGGCAGUAGACAACGGAAAAAGAGGGCAGUGGCCAAGCCGCACGGUGAAGCGGAAGAGUCUUGUUUGAACAAGGGACAGCUGCUGGUUCAGGUACUGCCUGCGGACCGGGACAAAUUGUCAACGCCAACCUCAUCUACAUGCAACACACAAAGUAAAAUCUCUAGCGGAAUUCAUGGCUUUUCCCCGCACGAAAUCGUGGAAGUGCUCCAUUGGCCGCAAGGUGUGCAAGCUGAUCUUCUCUCGCGCAGUAGCACGAGCACGGCUUUCACUGCGAAUUUUCCAUCCAACGCAGUGAUGGUGCGAAGUUUGCUCACCGGGAAACGAGGGUUGAUUGACCUGCCAGGCAAACAACAUUAUCCGGACUCAGCACCAACAGCGAGUUCUUUCCACGACCCGAAAAGGUUGCAGGACGUGUCCGCUUUGUUAGAGCUUACUGGCAACCGGGAGACGUUUCCUGCCUGGUGCGUCGAGCGUUUUCUGCCACCAAGAGACUCGCAGUCUGUGUUCUGGCAAGAGUUCUACGGGAGGACGUCGGUUCGAGGCGGGGAUAAUGUUGCGAAGUCCACAUCAAAGCCAUUGGUGCAUCGUGGAAGCGAUGACCAACAUCUCGCUCCAAGAAAAUCUUCCCGCGCAGCACGUCACAGCUCCUUGCAGCAGCAUUUUCCGCCGGUGGACUCCUUCGGCUUCACGGAGGAAUUUUUACCGUCUUCGUCUGCAACCUCCAUCUCCCCCUCAGACCACCUCCGCACACGCAGCGCGUCGUACCGCUCGAGGCGUGCCUCUGCCUCGAUAGCCGAGGACGACCGGCGGUCGCCCGGGGGGUCAAACCGCUACCCGGCGACGACGGCACGGUCGAAGGUAACGCGGUUGCUCCGGCAAGCCCGGGAGUUAGAAGUGAACAUGCACCGGACACUGCAGGCGGGGGAGCUGGUAUAAUGUAUGGCUGUUUUUUGCUUUUGAUGUUCGCAUCAGCAAAUUACUUUAGCAUCAGAUUAAGCAUCAUCAUUUUCGCCACCGUACUGCAAAGAAUAGAACCAAAGUGUUGUCACUUGUUCAACAGGAUCUCCACCCGGACACGCCCCCGGACUCGUCUGCAGGAACGCGACCACAGCCAAGUACUCUUUCGCUCACAGCCGAUGACAGCAGCACAGCCGCAAACGGCCGGGACACAGUGAUCAGCUUGACAGGCCCAGGGAACGACGACCACGACGAGGCUUUUCUGCUGAAUUGCCAUGGCGCAUCACACAUUUCUUUGCCCCCUUUCACGGAGGAGCAGACGCCGAACAGGCGGGGAUCCCUCGUAAAUGACGCAAACGAGGAUAACAGGGAGGAAGCAGAUUUGGACGCAACCUUCCUCGACCCGCCAGUAGACGAGUGGGGCGGAGAUACCAGUUUGAGUCUGACGAGUUCCUUUGCACAAGCGGGAAGUAGCAGUUCUGGAUUUCAAUCGACGAGUAGCUCGAGACAGCAGGAGCGCGGUCGAAACGUCGGUCUUUUAGGAGCGAACGGCAGUGCAGCUGUGCCGAAAUUACAGCAGGGUACUGCGAAGGAAAGAAGCAAGGCUUUUGAGCAGGACAACACACCCACUUCUCUUGGCGGAGCAGCACUAGAAACGAAGAACCUCAACCCGCACCUCCUCCGCCUCGACCAGGAUUCGGAAAACCUCUUGUCCGCUUUCGACCGCGCUGCUUUGGAUGAAGCAUGCUCCGAAAUCGACCGCCUGCGGGGCAAAUUUUCCUGGCCGAAAGCGAGCGAGAAACCGCGACCCCCGAACGGCGUGCCGGAGAUUUUGCUGAAGAGGCCCGAUAGUGAAAUCGGGCCUACUGGUGGUGUUUCCACCUCAAGCUCAUCUUCGACGACGUCUCCGGUGCAACUGCUUUCGUCUUCAAACAGAGCAAUGUUCUCCUCCGCAAGCUCAUCUUCUAGCACGGUUGGCGCUUUCAAAAUUUUCCUGCAGGUCUUUUCCCAACUCGGCUGCAAGACGGGGGAGUACUGGCUGCGGGGCUUCACGAUCCGGUUCACGCAAGACUCCGGUGUAGACUGGGGGGCACUGACGAAGGCGUUUGCGAAGUUUCUGGUCGAAGAUUUGUUUCGCAUCGACGCCGGGCUGUUUUUCACGGCCAGUGUGGAAUCUGGGUGCAGCAACUGCCCUACUGCGGACUGGGUAAGUGAAAAAGUUUUCAACCGCGAUCCGUCUUUCGUGCGGAUUCUCUACAGCUUCAUCGGGCGGUUUCUAGGCUACUGCCUGUACAUGCGGUGUCUGGUGCACGCACACUUGUCGCGUUGGGUCUACAAGUGCCUGUUGUCGCCGAAAAUCUGGGAAACGUUUCGGAAUUUUUCCGCGGGGAAGCGAAGUGCGAUGGUGGAGAUGGCUGCUGAUAGUUUUGGCAAUCACGUGUCCUCGCAGCUUCCAGUCGUCGUUGUGAACGACGAGAACCACGACCAAAGCGCUUCCACUUCGGUCUAUCCAAGUGCGAUGAAGCAUCCGGCAUAUGAUCCUGCGCCAGAAGGAAAGUACUGCAACUCCGAGCAGGCUAGCACGACUUGCAGUCCUGCGACGACGGAAGCUGCCGGGUCAUUUGCUACCGGAGGGAGUUUCACUGAGCACAGCGUCGAAAGCGUUUUUGAGAUCGCCGAACAGGAGGAGCUGUCGGUGCGAGCGAGAGGCGUGCAUGUGGAUCCUAGUGAUCACGAAAAGCCCUUUCACAGCACCGCCUCUGCACCUCUGGCUGAUAAUGCGAAACCUACACCACCUUCGCUGGUGCCUGCCACAGCGGCUGGUGCAGCCGCCACCACGAAGACACCAAGCGCAAUGUUGAAACAAAACUUCACCAAUCCAGACUCCUUCCUCCUCACCCUGGACGACGACUGCUUUCUCGGUCCGUCCUGGAACAACUCCGCGGAAAGCGCGAUAGCCGACCUGGCAACUGUGGACCCGGUCAAGGCAAAGGGGCUCCGCGAGCUACUCGACUACGAACCGAAGGAGGACGUCGAGGACGUUUUUUGCCUCGAUUUUACCCUAGAAUUCGACGUUUGCGGCUACAAAAAAGUGGUGAAUUUGCUACAAGUAAAUCAGCCGACUAGUGCUGGUGGUGGUGGUGGUGGUGAUGGUGGUGCUGUUGGAGACAUCAAUGGACACUCAGAACCACUUCUACCACAUCCACCCGCCCUGUCCGUCACAGGCGACAACCGCGAGCAGUACAUCCUCUUAGUCUGCAAGUAUUUCCUGAAGACCAGUAUCCGCGACUCCCUCAGUUCCCUGGUCCUCGGCUUCCAAUCGGUGAUCCCGCAGCAGUGCUAUUCGCAGCUAACGCCGAUUCUGUUGGAAAAGCUCCUGUGCGGAAAAAUCACCUUCGACGUGGAAGAUUUGAAAAGAAGUGUCCGCGUCACGAACCACGACGGGUUGACGGAGGAGACGACUGCGAUGAAGCAGCGGAUAACCUGGUUUUUCGACUGCAUCGCGCAGGACUUGACGGUGGAAGAGCAGCAGAAACUGUUGGUCUUCUGGACGGGGACGGCGCAGGUCCCGGCCGCGGGGUUUGCCGAGCUGUAUCCGCCCUUGACGCUGAGUUUGGCCAGCGUGAAGAAGGAAACUUCCAGCUCGACUUCUGCGUUGGGAGAAAAUAGCUUACCGCAGAGCCACGUGUGCUUCAACCGGUUGGAUUUGCCGUUUUACCCGUCGAGAGACCGGUUGAAGGUAAAAUUGCGGAAAGCGAUUCAUCUGUGUGGAAACGCGGUGGCGAUUGAGUGAGCGGGUGGGGUGGUGGGACAGGUCUCGAAAAUCGUACGUACGGUAAAUGAAUGAUGUGGAAUCAUGUUUCCGGUUUAUGGAAGUUUCAAAUUAUGUGCAAUGUUUCUGUUUCUUCUGACUAAAUGCAAGAUAAACCCGAAAGCCUACUCAGGCGCCAAUUGACAUUUUGUUGACAAUUAAUGAAAGCAAGAAUGAACACUAUUCCUGAAUGGAUGAUGAAGCUAGGGACCAAAACUAACACUUUGUAUGUCGUGCUGGAUAAAAGAAAUUGAUGCAAUCAUCAUGACGAGUUGUACAGCGAUUGCUGAUGAUGUGAAAU